AAGAGUAGUGGUACGAACCACAUGUGGAGUAAACAAGAGCCGGCGGAUUCAUCCAACUUCAGUUGACAACGCGGUUCUCCCGCAAAUAUGCCCGUGUACGGAAUCACUGCUGUUCAGAAUUUCAGACUCAAUUGUACGGCUUGAUUCUUGUUAAGGUCCAGGGACACAAAUUUUGAUUGACGUUAAACGUUGCAUAUGACGUCGGAGUAAUAAUAAUUGUGAAUCUAAAAAAUUGGACAGUUAACAUCAUGCCGUGCCGAUAUCAACCGAAGAGUCUGCUAAGUUUAUCGGAAUCUAGAGUCGUAUCCAAUGUUGUUUAUACGUGCUAUGAGAUACAAGAGCUAGUUUACUCCGCUCAGACAUUCUUAUUUGUAAAAAACCAAAUGCGACAAUUUUGGCAAUUGUCCGUACCUGUUGUCAUUCGCCGUCGAAUUUUGAUCAAGUGUAUGAAUAUGCUUGCUGAUGUGACGCGCGAGGGACACUCCAUUAGUCCAAUAGACACAGUACCAUUAUGUUUAUUAGCUGUUAUGCUAGAUAAAGAUAUUGUAGAAUUAAAAGUACAGCUUUGUUGUUACUACGGCUGUAGUCAUCAAAAUGCUAUGCUUAGAUUAUUAGCAUCGGAAGCUAAAGGCUUGGAAAAGUUUGAACUUUCUAGAUCCACACUUCUACGAUUAGACACACAAUUAUUCCAUUCGGCGUUGUUGUCCAUGAGUAAUUUAAAAUGUUUAAUUCUUAAAAACAUUGCAUGUGAUAAAUUAUUGAAAAUAAUUGGCCUGUCGUGUUUUGUGUUGGAAAAACUUGAUAUUUCUAAUUCCAGCCAAGUCACUGAUGAAGGUCUAAAAAAUUUAUUGUUACAAAUUGAAAUCAGAGACAAACAAAAGUUGGACAAAUAUUCAAUCGAAUCCAAAGGUCAAACAAUUACUAAAAUAUCAUUAAUGAAAAUCCUAAGAACACUUUCAAGAAAACUUAAAACUAAAAUCUCGGGUGAAAAGGUCAAAAUUGACGAUAUGUCUUUUAUACUAGAGUACUGUCAAAAGAGCACUCAGUUAUGUUCCACAAUGCGUGUGCUUAAUAUGGCUAAUACUAGCAUUACCUCUCUUGGUAUACUUUUAGCGUUGAAGAAUAUACCCAAUUUGGAAAAUCUGGGCGAAUACUGUCAUAUAGGAAAAGCUUUGGAGUUGCUUGACAAGUUAACAGAGGCUAAACAGCUUCAAUUGACAAUGAUUAACGCAUGUCGAACCACAUCGGCCCGAUUACAAACGUUGUGUGAUUCAUGUACAAGACUAAACCGACUAACUAUAUCAGAACCAUUACAUACACCUAACAUGUUGAGUUAUUUACCUCAUACGCUCAUCAAAAUCAACUUGCAAUCCGUACCAGUAGAACAGUCGUGGGUGAGCGAGUUGUACAAUUACUUCUCUGGAUCAGCUUCAAAAAAGUUACGAGAAGUGUUUCUCAAGUUUCGUCGAAAUAACAGUUCACCUUUGAUCGAUUUGAGUAAAAUCCUUCCAGCUCUUUCUGAUCUCGAAGUUCUAUCCAUUGAUAAUGCCGAAAUUCAAUGGAUAGAAUCGCCACCUAUAGGCAACCAACAGAUACCUCCAUUUAAAAAACUCCAGAAGUUGCAACUUUGUAAUAUUAGAGACGUUAAUACUUUUCGUGUAUUACUUAGACGGACACCUUUUCUUAAAGUAUUACAUAUCUAUAGCAUAAAUACUGAAAGUCAAUCUAGUUUAAUAGAAAUGUUAAAUGAGCACGAUGAUCUUACGAAAAACCUUGACUGUCUAUACUUUAAUGAACUUUUACCUAGUGGCAAUCCAGACACUCUUAAAGAAUUAGUAACAACUUGUCCGAAGAUUAAUAAAAUUGGUAACGUUGCAAACUGGAGCGGAGUGAAUCGUGAUGAGAUCAAAGACUUAAAUGAGUGGAUACAACAUAAUAAUUAUAAAUUGGAAUUGUGUGCUGGUUCGCAUUGGUAUUGUUCUGAAUGUUUCCCUAUCGCAUGAUAAAUAAUACAAAAAAGUUAUAAUCAUUAUUUAUCAACGAUUUAAAUUAUUUUAUCAAGUGA